UCCUUUGUGGCCUCGACUGAUCCAUACUACCGGAACUGAUACUGCUAUCGACCCUGCGCUUUCGAGCUUGCUCAGCCUAGAGGUAGCUGCCCCGGCCGGACGCGCAAUCUUCGUCCUCGACCUCCAUCCCGCCGUCACCGCCUAAUUGUGUGAUCCUCCAAGUGGCCUACAUCGACGACGCCAUGGACCCUCCAUCGAAGCGGAGGAGACUGGCUCCCAAGGUUUCCGAUGCCCCAGCCCAAUCCGCCGUCCCCUCGACGACUCCUCAGCCUCAGCCCCAGCCCCAAGCUCAGGCUCAGGCUCAGGCUCAGGCUCAGGGCCAGCCGCCAGCACAGUCUUUCCCUCAGGACCAGCAGCACUUCCAGCCCGCCGCCGAACCACUCGUGUCGCCAGCACAGUCUGCCCAGUCCGCACCGCUUACCGAACGUGGAGAGUUCGAGGCCUAUGCGAGACAUCUCCAAGAUGCUGCCAUGUACAUCAAGAUGGUCAAGGAGCAGCUUGUUCCACACAGGAGCGUGUCCGUACUGAUGCUGAGAUGGGAGGAGGACCUCAGUGUUGAAGCAGACAUGCUGCUCUUGGAGAAGGUGUUUCGGGACCGGUACAACUACAGCACCGAGAAAUGGGUCAUUCCUACCGUGCCCAACCCCAGCAUCAAGCUAAGCUACCAGAUGGCCUCGUUUCUUGAAAACGCUGGUCCUGAUCACCUCUUGAUCGUCUACUACGCCGGUCAUGGUUUUGUUGGCCAAGACAAUCACCUCUAUUGGGCCUGUAACGCUCGCGACGAUGCUGCAAAACUCAAGUGGGACGGAGUUAGAUGCCUCUUCGAGGACGCCCAGCCAGAGAUUCUGCUCCUGUUAGACACCUGUGCCAUCAAGGAUUCGCCUCCCGCUGGAAGUCACGGUACCAAACAGGCCAUUGCCGCGUACACGCCGGAGCAGAGCUCAAGAGAGGCCGGUCCCCGCUCUUUUACAGCUACCUUGGCUGAUGCUCUUACCAAGCUUGCCAGUGGGCGUCCCUUCAGCGUUCAGAAGCUACUCGAUGAGCUAAUAACACUGCGGCAACACGAGAGCGCCCAAGCCCUUGCCAAGAUGGCCAACGGAACAGCCAAAAUAGCUCCGUCUGAGAGAGUCCCGGUGACUUUCACCUUGACUCCUGCCAAGGGACGUGAUAUUGUUCUCGGACCCCUGAAGAAAGAAGUCGCACAGCUGCAGUCGCCUCCCCAAUCUGCUGACGUGGAUGGGGACGCCUGGAGGUCGACCCGGGAUGACCAGCCGCUCAGCGCCACAGAAGUGGCUGACCUUACUUUCGAGGAGAGCAGUAGAGUGUUAGUGUGUACCACAUUCGUGGGAGAUGCGAGCGCAGAUAUGGGCUUCUUCCACCAAUGGCUCCAUAAUCCUCCGUCCGUUGCCUCAAAAAUUACGGUGGAGGGCAUGUUCCUCGGGCCUCCUACUAUGCUCUUGAUCUCGAUGCCGCUCUCAAUAUGGAACAUCGUCCAGCACGACAAGGUCUGCUGCUUCUUGGGAUACAUCAGUUCACACAACAUGAUUCAUCUCUACCAGCGACUCGUCAAGUCUGCCGCGAACGGCCAGCCAAUGACCAAAGACUUCGAGGAUGGCCGCAUUCUGCUAGAGGCACGAGAGGCUGCUGCAGGUAGCCCGUCUCUGAAUCGGCGAGACCACACAAACCAUUACUCUUCCCUAACACAGGAGAACCAACCACGUCAGGAGCACCGGGUCCCGCUUCCCACGCCCAACGGGGCUGUUCCCGUCACUCCUGGCCCUCCAGGUCAGACCCCCGGUCCCAAGGCCAAGGACGACGCAGAAGAUUCCGACGAGAUGAAAGAAGCGGCAGAACAGUUGAAGAUGCUGAGCGAUCUCCACGCACAAAGCAACAGGGUGGGAGAUAGUAUUGCAGUCAGGCAUCCUGAAGAGCCCGGUGCCUCCGAUGUGAAUGACACCGUUAUGGAUGAGAUUCACUACGGCGGUGUCCCCUAUGGCACCCCUCGUGCCAAGGUUGGAGUGGUCAACGGCAAGAUCCCCGGUGAAAGCCCAAGGGUUGCAGCAGGGAGGAGGCCGCUUCAGAAACAAGUGUCGAAGCAAGAGACGCGGUGUAGCCACUGUAGCCAUGCGCCAUUCAAGGACUCGUCUUCGCUCCGCAAGCAUAUCGCAGCUGCUCACACGCGGCCGUUCCCGUGUGCUUUCUCCUUUGCCGGGUGUGCAAGCACGUUCGGGUCCAAGAAUGAGUGGAAGCGUCACAUAGCCUCUCAGCACCUGUGUCUGCAAUAUUAUCGGUGCUCGGCAUGUCCUCAAAGCAGCGCUGAUGGCAAAGGGAAUGAGUUCAACCGCAAAGAUUUGUUCACGCAGCAUCUGCGACGAAUGCAUGCGCCGCCGAUUCUCAAGAAGCCCGGUGGCAAGCCUGAGGCUGGACUUCUCGCUGAGUGGGAGGCGCACGUAAAGGAGAUGCAAGCGUCAUGUCUGGUAACGCGCAGGCAACCUCCUCAGCGAUCGUCUUGUCCCAAACCUGACUGUCAGAGCGUUUUUGAGGGCGCCGGAUCAUGGGAUGAGUGGACAGAACAUGUCGGUCGACAUAUGGAGAAGGGAGAGGCUGAUCGUAUGGGCGUGGAUCGCCUGCUAGCACAAUGGGCGCUUGAUGAAGGGAUCAUUGAGUGCAUCGAGGACGACAAGUAUAGGCUCUGUCCGCAAAACGGAUCAGCUAUGCCCGCCGAUAGGAACGCGAAUCAAAACUCGGCUGCUGCCGAAAACACGAAGAAAGAGGAUGAGGAUCCAUCAAUCACCGUGGCGUUAUCGGCGCCGGAUUCGGACGGUAUGGAUGUGGACUGAUCGUGGGAGGAACUUGACCAAAGUCGUUUCGUACUAAGGUGUUUUUUUUAUCGUUAUUUUCGGGAUCAUGGCAUCUUUCAGGCCACGGAGAGAGAAGCAUGGCGGCGCAUAUGGGUACUGUAUAAGCAUGAUUAGAGAGUUGCUGGAGUUAUCAUUUUCUAGGCGGUGCUGGAGUCUUACAGCAAGCCCGGUAUUUACAUCAGACCAUGUUAUAGUCACUC